AAUCGCUUAUGUAUCGUGACGCACUUCCGGUAAUGUAUUUGUUGUGAAGAGGAGUCAAAGGUGGGAGCGUCAGGCGGAUCGGGACGUCAAGUUCUCUGAUCAAAUCGAGACCUAAUUAGCUUCGUCUUUUUAGAGAAAUAAAACACAAAUUGUAUGAAACCACCGAAAACUUGCGUUUAGUUGGAAUAGUAACUUACUUCGUGGUGGCGAAAUGGAGGCCGUUCCCAGGAUGCCGAUGAUUUGUCUGGAGCUGAAGGAAGCGGGCGAGUUUGAGUUGGGUCCCACUGUGAGACAGUACAUUCAAAUAAACUAUGGUGAGAACCCAGAGAACUACAGCGAGGCCAUGAAGAAGCUGGAGCAACUUAGACAGAGUGUGGUAAACAUCCCGAGGGAUUUUGAGGGGUGCAACACUCUUAGAAAAUACUGUGGUCAGCUGCACUUUCUGCAGAGUCGUGUUCCCAUGGCAACCGGCCAGGAGGCUGCAGUGCCUGUGACAUGGACUGAUGCCUUUUCAGGGAGGAAUAUCACACAUGAGGAUAUUAAUUAUGAACAGGCUUGUGUCCUGUAUAACCUGGGUGCAUUGCACUCACUGCUGGGAGCUGUGGAUAACCGCCUAUCUGACGAGGGGAUGAAAGUGUCCUGUACGCAUUUCCAGUGUUCUGCUGGGGCUUUCACUCACCUCAGAGACCACUUUAAUCACAGCUACAGCUCUGACAUGAGCAGCCAGGCACUCUCAAUCAACAUCAGCCUCAUGCUGGCACAGGCUCAAGAGUGUCUCCUGGAGAAAACUUUACUAGACAACAGAAAGAGUCAUUUAAUAGCAAAGAUUUGUGCUCAGGUGUGUGAUUAUUAUAAGGAUUGUCUGAGGGUGUUGGAUAAUUCUGAAUGUGUGCCAGGAAGGUUACAGAAAGAGUGGAGAAAGCUCAUCAGCAUGAAGAUCAGCUACUUCAGUGCUAUCACACAUUUACACAUGGGAAAGCAGUCAGAGGAACAGCAGAAAUAUGGAGAAGCAGUCGCUUACUUUCAUUCCUCUCUGGACAAACUUAAUGAGGCAAUUAAGCAGAGCAAGGGCCAACUGGAAUCAGUACAGGAAGCUUUGAAAUUCACAAUGGAUGUGAUUGGUGGCAAAUAUAACUCCGCUAAGAAAGAAAAUGACUUCAUUUACCAUGAGUCUGUGCCUGGUCUGGACAUGUUGGUUGCAGUAAAAGGUGCAUCGUUGGUGAAACCCCUGCCUGUGAGCCUUACUGAUCAAAGUGUCACUGGUCCUGACCUCUUCUCUAAACUUGUCCCCAUGGCAACUCAUGAGGCCUCAUCGCUUUACAGUGAGGAGAAGGCAAAGUUACUUAGGGACAUUGUGGCUAAAAUAGAGGAUAAAAACCAAAUCCUUGAGAAAUUUAUGGAGUCACUAAGCAGUGACUCUGUGUAUAAAAUAGACAUGUUUAAAUCUCUGCCUGAUGCUCUGUUGGAAAAAUGUGCAUUUCUCAGUGUAAGACCAGACACUGUCAAGAACCUCGUUCAGGCCAUGCAAGCACUAUCUAAUGUUUACACUGAUGUGGGUUCAUCUCUGGAUGAGGUCCGUAGUGCCCUUGAGGAAGAUGAGGCUGGGGAGAAGAGUUUGAUGGAGGUAGUGGGGCAAAAGGGAUUGCCGAUGAGGCCUGCAGUUUUUCAGAAUAUUCAAAAAGAGCUGAAGAAAUAUGAGGCUGCUCAUCAGGCAGCCAGCGACUCCAACACUGAGCUCCACAAAGCCAUGAACCAGCACAUACCAAACAUACGUCUGUUACAGGGAUCUAUUGAGGAACUCAGAAAGAGUCUGCCCCAGCCAGAACUCAGUCAAGAUGAAAUGUCUUCCCUGCAAAAAAUGAAGACUAUUCUUGGCAAAGUUGAUGAAAUGCGAAAGCAGAGGAUCUCAUUGGAGAGCCAGCUUCGUGACCUUAUUCAUAAAGAUGACAUCACUGGAGUCCUUGUAACCACAGAUCGUGCUGAGAUCAAGACAUUGUUUGCGGAGCAGUUGAAGAAAUAUGAUCAGCUGAAGGGAUAUAUAGAACAGAACUUGGUUGCCCAGGAUAAUAUCCUGAAAGCCUUAACAGAAGCCAAUGUGCAGUAUGCCCCUGUCCGCAAGACACUCACAUUUACAGAGCAACAAUGGAAGAGCACCGUGCAGGCCCUGAUUGCCUCAUUUGAGGCAUAUGAGGACUUGAUGAAGAAGGCUGAAGAGGGCAGAGACUUUUACCAGGAUCUGGACAAGAAGACCUCCGCCUUGUUGGACAAAACAAAGUCCUAUUGCCAAACCAGAGAGGGGGAGCGAGUUGCCCUGCUGGAAAAGGAGAUUGGAAAAGGGCCGCCUCCUAGAGCUGUUGCCCGAAAGCCUGAGGUCGGCCAGAAAGUGAUUGGUCGUAUGUCCGGCCCUUCCAGUCUUGAAUCUGUAGGUCCUUCUAUUGCUUCUUUUGACGAUCUCCCUCAAGAACUACAAAGCCUUCCUCCAAAUCUGAAUUUGCCCCGAGGUCCAGUACUUUCCAAUCCUGUUCCUCAUGGUGGAACCCCUGUUAGCUGGUCACAAGGGGCAAGCCCCUUUCCGCCAACUCAGUUUCCAAACCCGCAGGUUCCCACUACAGAUCCAAAGCUCAGGCAACAGUUGGCCCACCAUAUCCCACAGGCACCUUAUGGCCAGCCCUCUUCACCCGUGCAAAUCCCUGGGCCACCAACACAGCAGUUCCAGGUAAGACCAGCUGGAGGCAUCACACCUGUCCAUCCUCAGGUUAAUCAGUCAACCACCCCACAGGUGCCUGCUCAAGGGUACAAUCCAGCUCUCUGGCAGCAAGCUCACAGUGGGCCUAUUGCAGUUACAGGGGGUUAUUCUGUGCCUCUACAAAUGGGACAGAUUCCCCAAAAUUUCAUUAGGCCUGGUUUACCAGGACAACCGCAAGUCUCCUUGCCAAACUCUCUUGGGCAGCAGAUGCCAACUGGCAUGCCUCAGUCUUCCUCUGUCCAGCAGAUCAUACAGGGAGCACCGUGCCAAAGAUUUACCACCCAGCCUAGACAAAGCAUCCCCUCAACCACAUCAAGAAGUGCAUUUCCUGGGCAAAUCCUUUCACCGUUUCCACCUGGGCAAGUCCAGCCUCCAAUGCCAGGCCAAGCACAGCAACAGUCUGGCCUCCCCUCAGGUUACCAACCGGCAUUACUCCCACAUACCCAAACCCCGCUUGGUCCACUGACAGUGCCCCAUCCUCAGGGUGCCCUCAUUCCAGGGCAAGCUCAGCCUCAGUCCACUCUUUCCAAUCAGUUUCACCCCGGACAACUUCCACAAAACAGGCCUCAGCCUUAUAUGGGUUAUGCCACCACAUCUUUUCCAUCAUCACAAACGCAGCAAAAUCCUGCGCCCCACCAAGUACAUCCAGGGACUCAGGUCUUUCCACAGGCACCCUUGAGCCAAAAUUCCCAAGUUCCUUUUAGUCCUUGUCAGCCCCAAAUGCAACCAGGAGCUGUACCACCACAAAGCAAUGUGUAUUCAUUUGCACCAACACACAUGGGUCAACAGAUCAUUCCAUCUCAAUUCAACACCAUGUUUAAUGGACCCAGGGGACAACCCAUGUGCAUUUCUGAUCAAAGCCAAAUACUUGGCCCUCAAAAUGUGGCUCACUCAUCAUCUGGACAAGCAGUUGCCCCAGUGAUGGACAAUCCAGUUCCACCUUCACUUGGCAGCACCCUAAAACCGACUCCAUCUCCUGUUCAGGUUUCAUCCCAGAACCAGAUCUCCACUCCCAGACCUGAUCUGCCAUCCUCUUCUUUAGGGAGUCAGAAUUUAGAGCCACAAAGUACAUCAAGUGCUGUGUCGACUGACAAGAUAAGUUCUGACUCCACUACGAAUCUUGAUUUUCUUCAGAACAAGGUGGAUAAUCUCAGCAUUUAGUCCCAAACCAAUUCCCAUCCAAACAAAUGUGCAUAUGCAGUCAAUGGUAGUCAGGAUACCAUGCAGACCACAAUUAAAAAUGACAACAGUCAACAGGGGGUGCCAAAAAAAUAUCUCCUUGGUGAUUUGGAUCUUUUAUGGUCACAACACUAGAUUUGAUGCCUGAACACACACUAAUACUUGCCUUUUCUACAUGGCCAGUACUUACACAAAAUCGCACUGUACUCUCUGUACCUGUAAUUACACACUAUGACUUAGCAAAUGUACUACAAGCAAAUAGAAAAAUGCUUUUGCAUUGUAAUUCUAUGCACUUCUCUAAUAUUGUGACCAGUUUCACUCUAUUUCUAUUCGUAAAUAGUACUUUAGUUUGCACUUUAAUGAGAAGGAUGACAACAGUGAUGAUGAUGAUGAUGAUGAUGAUGAAGAUAUGAUUAUGGUUCUUUCUGUUAGGAUGUCUUUUCCAAUGUUUCUAAAACAUUUUUAUACAAAUGCUGUUCUAGUUCUUACAUAUAAUUUUUUGAAGUUUAAAAAUAGCUUUAUUUUAGCUCUGUAUACAUAACACAAUUUUAAUAAUAAAAAAGGGACAACAUUGUUUUGACUGAAGACUAGCAGCACUGUCUGAUGUGGAGAUGUUGCUUCUGUUUAAAAUUCAAAAUUAAAGUAGUUGAAACUUCAAAAUGUGUUUACACAUCUACCUUUAUGGAAAAUUGUUAUCAGCUCUACGCACCUAGACAUGCAGUUGUUUACUUUCUUGUAACGCUUGAUAAAACUGUAUAGGGAACAUCUGUGAAAAAUCUUCAGGUCUCUCCCCAUUGCAGUGACAUUCAAGCCAGUACUUUGGGUUUGUUCCAUGUCACACCAGUGUUGUUUUAGGGUCCUUCUUGUGAAAGGUGAAUUUUGUGGUAUGUAUUCCUAUUAAUACUGCAUACAGAAUAUAACCAAAACAGAUUAUAUAGCGUAUCAUACAAUAAAAAUUCUGUUGUGUGCUAAUGUACUUGUUAAAAGCGCCACUGCUGUAAUAUGGCCAUAUGAUGGCAGUGUCUGGUUGUGUUCAGAUGUAGGACUGUUUAUUAUGAGCAUGUUGUUAUGUGUCCCUCUUUCUGCAUGGGUUAGUGGAGCUGUCUAGAUUAAUUUGCUUCAGGCACAAAAAAACACAUACAUCCUGCAGUAAAUGUCUGUAAAUAAAACAGGGAUGCUCAUAUUGAGUCAGGUCUUUUGGAGAGACUAUUUAAGUCUAUUACACUUUUUUUUUUCUCUCUCUCUCUCAAUCUGUAUUCAUAAACGGGUCGUAGAGAGGAUGAUUAGGAUAGUUACAAAGUGCACACUAUGCGUAAUGGGAAUCUAGUAUUGAACACAGUAUUGAUGUAUCUUGUUGCAUGUAAACAUGAAAAUGACAAACAUGCACAAUAUGUGUAUGUUGCUAGUCAGAAAACUUUUUGUAUUAGUAGUGAGCUCAAGAGCCCUUUACUCUUCCAAGCCAUCCCUUGCUUUUGACUUGCUUUGACGGAGUGAACACUGGGAGAGCAACUAACCCAGUUUUUCUUCGUAAGAUGUUUUUGGCUUGAGCAGAAUUAUAGACUCUUUGCAUUGAAGUGUUUUGUAGAGGACAGAACAUGGUAUUAGUUUAGAUUAUCAGUCAGUCGUCACAUGCACACUGCACGUGCAAGACAACACUGAACAUUUUGACAAAUGUACUGUUUUUUUUUUUUUCCCUCAGAAUUUUUUUUCUCGCUCCAAAAAUUAUUUCUCUCCCCAAAACCUUUUCCUACUCCAAUUUUUUUUUUCUCUACCAAAUACUUUUUUUCUCUCUGGAUAGAAUUUUGCCAAUUGUUUUUAGGUACAACACAA